CACAACUUACACACAACUUACACAAUACAACAACUUCGCUGCUGGAACAACAGCAUCUCACUCCCAACCAUUUUAGCACAUCACGUGCGACAGUUACCGAUUGUUUCUGUGAUUGAUUGACACGCCAAAACGAUCAACAAAUGUGGAUUAUUUAAUCUGCAAUCCCCUGUUCAGGGGCGUCACUAGCCCAGAUCCGGACUAACGUAAUCACAUGCAGAUUGCGGAUGGCUGGAACUUUGAUACGUUUAACCUUGCGAUCUUGGAUCGUGGUUUGUGAGUUGUUUCGUGUCCUCGACAAGAAAUUACACAUUUACAGACAUAUUUUCGUCGCAAACACCAUCACGAGGCCAGCAAUGUUGCUACGUGGGGAGUGUUGACGUUAACGAUCGGUUGCCCUGAUUCAUCAGCUCAGAUGGUUUCACACCCGGAUGACAUAGAAGAGCAAUGGGUGGACGAUAUAGAACUGGAAUGGGCUGUCGAAGAUGAGGGUCUCCAAGACCACUCUGAAAACGAAAAUCUGCUACUUUCCACGGAAGAUGAACCAAGCAUACCGGCACCCAAACCGCCGGCUCGGGCUACUGCAUUUCUCGAUGGACUACGCGGUCUCGCCUGUUUCCUGGUCUACAUGAGCCAUCAACACCCCUCAUGGUAUAGCUCACAUGACAUCCUCCAUGAAGGCUUUGGAUAUCACGGCCGAACAGCGUUUGCCACCUUCCCCUUCCUCCGCAUCUUUUUCAACGGUGGCAAUGCCGCCGUUGCGAUCUUCUUCGUCCUCUCAGGCUAUGUGCUCAGUGCCGGUCCCCUUCGACUCAUUCGCGAUGGGGACACAGCUGCAGCACAUCGCCGGCUGCUUUCUGCGGUUAUUCGCCGCCCGUUUCGGCUGUAUAUCCCAGCGCUCACCAUAGCGCUUUCGUUUGUUUUCAUCAUGCACCUGCCAUUUGGACUGGCGCCUGUCUUGGAAUGGCCGGUGCCGCAAGACAGUCUUCUUCUGGAGCUCAGGAACUGGGUAUAUGAAACCGCUUUGCUGAUGAAUCCGUUCAUCAAGCAUGGGUCAUUUACGCAGUGGUAUCCGUACGAUCCGCCGGCUUGGACGAUGCCUAUUGAAUUCACAGGCUCCCUGCUAGUGUAUUCAAUGCUCGCAGUGACAGCGUUUGUCCCACGAUAUCGGAUGAGCCUUUUCAGCAUCACCGGUAUCAUCUUCUUGUUCAUCAAGCAGUGGUCGAUGUCCUGCUUUAUGGGUGGCGUGGCUCUCGCCAUCAACGAUCUGGAUGGCAUCGACCGUGUUUUGAUCAAGCGCUUCUCGAACCGAGUGACAAACGUGGUUUAUAACGUGCUGUUCGUUUUGGCUUGGUGGAUUGUGUGUCAACCGUCUGAUAAACACGACGAUCCGGAGCUUUCCUACAACACGCCCGGGUGGUAUUACAUGACGAUGCUCAUUCCAGCGAUGUAUUUCAAAGACGAGUAUUGGCGCUUCUGGAACACCCCCGGCGCCAUUCUCCUCGUCUACGCCGUCCUCAGACUCAAAUGGUUGCAGUCCUUCUUCACCACCCGAUGGCUGAAAUAUCUGGGACGGAUCAGCUUUUCCCUCUAUCUCCUCCACAUCCCUUUCCUAUGGACGGUCGGCGACCGUAUCGAGCGCAUGUUUGGCAGAGUCCCGGGCGAUAUUAGGACCUGGUUCGACUAUAAGCUGGCGAUCCCGGAUGCCGGGCCUAUUGGAUUUUCGACCGGGUUUUUGGUCUCGCAGGCGUUUAUUUUUCCGUUGACUAUGCUCCUUGCGGAGCUGGGCACGAGGAUUCUGGACGAGCCAAGCAUUAGGGUUGGUCGUGCUAUUGUUGCUCGGUUCGCUCCUAGUCUUGAGAAAAGCAGCUCCCAGGUCCGGGUAUAGAAUUUUACUUAAUGCUACCUGAACACAUCCCACUCUUUUGGGCACAACAGUCAUUGACUCAAGGUGGCUGGGACCCUACUUGCACUCGAGACUGUGAUUUAUGCCAUCUAGAAACUUGCACGGAUGCAAUGCACUGGAACCAAAUAACCUGCUAAAGUUCCAAAUACAACGGUUUGGGAUGAGGACUGACGGUGUCGACUUGAUGUAUGAUACGAAUGUUGGAUAUGAUCUAUAGGGGAGC